CGGCGUCGUUCCAGCCUCAUUCUCCUUCAGAGAAAUUGAGUCCCCUUUUGGUGUCUGCUCCCGCGGCCAUUCCCGAGCAUAACCAAAAGCUUAAACGAUCACCGGAAUUGGAAUCAGAUAGCUGAAGAAGAAGGAGAAGGACAACAAUGGCAUAUAUAAGUAUGGGGGAAGCUCAUAGAAGAAUCACUGACUUCUUAAACCGCUUCUCCGACGCCGUUUCGUCCCAAGACGCCAAGUCCCUCUCCCUUAUCUUCUCUCUCUCUUCUAACCCUUCUUUCCUCGUUGCUGUCUCCGAUGCCCUCAUCACUUUCCAGGAUGCUAGCAGAGUAAUCAGACAAGCUGAUAGAUACUCUCAGUAUGCAGAUAUUCUACUCCCUCUAUUUCGUGCUUUACAAAGUUAUCGACUCAGAAACUUGGUUGAAUCUUACCAGGCUUUUGAAAAAGCUGCCAAUGCAUUUACUCAGGAGUUCCGCAACUGGGAAUCCGCUUGGGCGUUGGAAGCACUUUACGUCAUCGCCUAUGAAACUAGAAUUCUAGCUGAAAGGGCAGAUAGAGAGUUGGCUUCUAAUGGGAAAACACCUGAAAAGCUGAAAGGUGCUGGCUCAUUUCUCAUGAAAGUAUUUGGAGUCCUUGCUGGAAAAGGAUCGAAACGUGUUGGAGCUUUAUAUGUGACUUGCCAGCUGUUCAAAAUAUACUUCAAGCUCGGAACAGUUCACUUGUGUAAAAGUGUUACAAGAAGCAUUGAAACUGCCCGCGUUUUCGAUUUUGAGGAAUUUCCUCUUAGGGAUAAGGUUACUUACAUGUAUUAUACUGGGCGGUUGGAGGUCUACAAUGAAAAUUUUUCCGCUGCUGAUCAUAAGCUAUCAUACGCUCUAAGCCAUUGCAAUCCUCGGAAAGUAAGAAAUAUAAGGAUGAUUCUAAAAUAUCUGAUACCUGUGAAGCUCUCAAUCGGCAUCUUACCUAAAACUUCACUUUUGGAGAAGUACAAUUUGACUGAGUACAACAACAUUGUGCUUGCUCUUAGAAGGGGGGAUCUACAACUUCUUCGACGUGCUCUGCAGGAGCAUGAAGACCCGUUCUUAAGGUCUGGUGUUUAUCUUGUCCUGGAAAAGCUAGAGCUCCAAGUUUACCAGAGGUUACUAAAGAAGAUCUAUAUCAUCCAGAAGCAGAAAGAUCAGAAUAAAGCUCACCAAAUCAAGUUAGACUUAAUUGUUAGAGCUUUAAAAUGGCUUGAAAUUGAUAUGGAUGUUGAUGAGGUGGAGUGCAUCAUGUCCAUUUUGAUAUAUAAGAACCUUGUCAAAGGUUACUUUGCCCACAAGAGCAAAGUUGUAGUUUUGAGCAAGCAGGAUCCUUUCCCCAGAUUAACAGGCAAAGCAGUCAACUCAUAACGACGAGGCUGUGCCACUGUAUCUCUCCAAUUAUGUUCUUAAUGGAAUGGCAGAUUCCCAAUCAGGGUAAUGUAGCCGAAGCAUGCUCUCCUCGAUUAUGUUGAGGAUGACUGCCGUCUCAAGUCGCAUGAUGCCGUUGCACAAGUAUGAUGAUGGCAGGGGCUGCUUCUACCUGAUCCAUAACACAAUUUUGUAGUUUCAUUUAUUUUGAUAACAAUGUUAAAUGGUGGCUGUAGAAUUGAUUUAAGAAAUCUGAGACAUUGCUUAUUAUACUUAAUGUUCCAGAGUGUAUACUAUGCUGCAAGACUUCAACUUCAUCCAAAAAGUUCAGUGACCUUGUUACAUUUUAAUCACGGAAGCGUGCUACUUGUACCUUA